AUGGCCACCUACGAGACUGCCUCCGACCGCUUCAUCACCGUCGGCGACAUCCGGUUUGCCUACCGGUGGCUCGGCCGACGGGACGGCAUCCCGCUCGUGCUGCUCAUGCACUUCAGAGGAACCAUGGAUCACUGGGACCCUGCCUUGAUCAACCCGCUUGCAGCAGUACGCCCCGUCAUUCUGAUAGACAAUGCCGGUGUUGGGCGGUCCGGCGGCGAGGUGCCAAAGACGUUCACGGGCUGGGCGCAGCACUACAUCGACGUGAUUCGCGCGCUCGGAGUUAAGCGUGCAGACGUAAUGGGGUUCUCCAUGGGCGGAUGCGUCGCACAGCUGGUCGCCCUCAACGCCCCGAAGCUCGUUCGCGCCCUCGUGCUGUGCGGCACGAUUCCCAGCGAGGGCGAGGGUGUCAUUCGGGCGCCGAUAGGGCCCUUUAACCAGCUCAAGGCGGCCGCGACAGACGACGAGGAUCGCAAGGCCUUCCUGGAGACCUUCUUCACAAAGUCGGAGCGAAGCCAGGCCGCUGGGCGGGCGAGCUGGGAGCGCAUCGUCAACGCCCGCCCGAACCGCACGCCUGCCGUCCCGGCCGCGGCCGCUCAUCGGCAGGCCAUCGCGUUUGCCAAGUUCAUGGACCCCAAGCAGGCCAAGGACGCGUCGUAUGACCGAUUCCACGAGCUCAAGCUGCCCGUCCUCAUCGCAAACGGCAACGAGGAUCUGCUGCUGCCAACGGAGAACAGCAUCCUCAUGUGGAAGAAGCUGAGCAGCCUCGGCGCGCAGCUGCACCUGUACCCGGACUCGGGUCACGGGUUUCUCUUCCAAAACGCCGGUCCCUUCUCGGCGCUCAUCAACACCUUUCUUGAUGGCGCUCCUGACCAGGCCAGCAGACUGUAA